AUGUCUCGCCCAAUUAAGCCAUUGAAAGAGAUCAAUGAUUCCAAAGAUUUAAGGAAGAUCGCGGUUAGAUGCAAACAUCUAUGGACUGUCACAAGUUCUUCAAACAAAGAACACAUGGAGAUGGUUUUGGUUGAUUCUAAGCGUGAUAUGAUUCAGGCUGUUGUCCCUGCUUAUUUGCUUUCGAAAUUCAAAUCUGAAAUUGAAACAGGAAACUCUUAUAUCAUGCAAAAUUUUAAAGUUGGGAAGAAUGAUUUUGCUUUUAAGUCGACAAAUCAUACAUACAAAUUGUUAAAGGAAGAUUUGAUUGGAGGAAUCACUGAUAUCACUCAAACCCAAGUUUACGGUGACAACAGCAAGAACAGAAUAGUUUUUUCAAUUGUAGAUGCCAGCAAAACAGUUGUACAAUGUACUCUUUGGGGGCAACUUGCAGUUCAGCUAUAUGAGUAUUAUAAGAAUAAUAAGCAAGCCUCUGAUAUUGUCAUUGUGAUAAUAAAUGCAAGGGUUAAAGAGGCUCAAGGAGGAUUUCCAGUUAGUGUUUCCAACACAUGGAAUGGAACGAAAUUGUUGAUUAAUGACCUUGCUAUUGAGGAAGUCAAGAAUCUAAAAGAAAGACUUGGUGUUGAUCUGCCUUUGUUAUCAUCUUCAAGUGUACAAGUUGAGGCAACGCAAAACUCAUUUUAUUCUGACUAUGACAAAUUUGUUUGGAAGGCUGAAAUAAUGAGUCUCUCUGAAAUAACAAAUCUGCAACAUGAAACAACCUGUGUUACCGUUGCUACCCUCGAUAAGUUUGAUGCUGGGCAGAUGGGAUGGUACUAUGAUAGUUGCCUUAUGAUCAAGACAUUUGGUUUAUAUAAUUUGUUGGAUGAUGUUUUGUUUUGUUGUUCUGGUACUUAG